CCCCUCGACUAUUUCAAGCUAAGCAGGAGCCCAGCAGCAGCUCCUGUAGUUCCAGAUUCCUGGAGCUCCGACAGCCUCUCCCAACCUUCUCUCGCCACCUCCUAGGUGCCCUUAGACCUUCCGCACAUGGCUUGUCCCAUCUUUCUGGAAGGGGAAAAUUGUCAGCCUUCUUGGAAGGAAGCCGCUGCGGGCUACAACCCAGCGGACACCCACUUGGAAAUCAUGGGGAAGCCGGUGAUGGAGCGUUGGGAAGCCCCCUUCAUGCACGCCUUGGCCAGCGAGGCUGCUUCACAAGGAGGCCGUGUGCUGGAGGUUGGCUUUGGCAUGGCCAUCGCUGCCAGCAAAAUCGAAGAGUUUGACAUCCAGGAGCACUGGAUCAUCGAAUGCAACGAAGGAGUCUUCCAGAGGCUGCAGGAGUGGGCGAAAACACAGCCUCACAAGGUCGUCCCCUUGAAAGGGCUGUGGGAAGAGGUCGCGCCAACUUUGCCGGAUGAACAUUUUAACGGGAUACUCUACGACACGUACCCCUUGUCAGAAGACAGCUGGCACACCCAUCAGUUUGACUUCAUCAAGGCUCACGCCCAUCGCCUCCUGAAGCCAGGCGGGGUCUUCACCUAUUGCAACUUGACUUCCUGGGGGGACCUGUUGAAGAGCAAGUAUUCGGACAUCGAAAGGAUGUUUCAGGAAACACAAAUCAACCACUUGGUGGAGGCCGGUUUUGAGACCAAGAACAUCCACACUACAGUUAUGGAUUUGGUUCCUCCAGCUGACUGCAGAUACUACGCCUUCCCCAAGAUGAUUGUGCCUGCCAUCAUCAAAUAGAUCUCCCAGGGAGGAAGAUCUCUCAGGAUCCAAAAAGGGGAUCUCUUGAGCUGGCAAGAAACACCAGCAGUCACAUGAAAUGUUCUUUUCUCGUGGCAGACGGGAGAGGUGAAAACUAAUGUAUGAAAGAACCACUUUAGAUAUA